AUGGAGAACCACAACUACCCCGAGAAUAAACAAACCCUCACCCUCCCAUCGGGCCGCAUAUUAGCAUGGACCAUCCACGGCGGGCCCCUGAGGAACACUACUACAACUGAUCUAGACGCCAAACCGCCCGCGAUAAUCUUCUACUUCCACGGCUUCCCAGGCUGUUCCCUCGAAGCCAAUUUCCUCAGCACCUCGCUCCUCCAGCGGCACAAUGCGAGGUGCAUCGCCAUCGACCGACCAGGCAUGGAUCAGUCAACGCACCACCCAGAGCGUCGUCUCCUAGACUGGCCAGCCGACGUACUCGCGAUAGCAGAUUAUCUUGACAUUCCUCAAUUCUCCAUUCUCGGCACCUCAGGAGGGGGGCCAUACGCCCUCGCCUGUGCGUACGCCAUCCCGCGCGUCGACAGCAGCUCGCCCGACGUCACUGCGCAGGGCCGGGGCCGGUUGCGCGGCGUGGCGCUCGUGUGCGCAAUGUACCCGACCAGUCUUGGUGUGAAGGGGAUGCUUACAGAGUUGAAAAUCGUGCUCGCUGUUGGACGGUGGGUGCCGCGAUUCAUUACGGCGGCUUUCCUAGACCGGUUCAUUGGGCGGCAAGCGAGAGAUAAAGAUCCCACUGUGCUUGAGAAGAAGAUGGAUAGGGCCAUGGCAAGACGGCAUGGGGCGGAGCGUGAGGCGUGGGAGGAUGCAAGGGUUAGGGCUACGGCGGUGGGGUCGCUACGCGGCGCCUUUCGGCAGGGUGGUAUGCCUGUCGCCACGGAGUUGAGUCUGCUGAGUAGUAGUGAUUGGGGGUUUCGGGUGGAGGAUAUAGAUGGGAAUGGGCUGAGGCUUUGGCACGGGAUGUUGGAUCAGAAUGCGCCAUUUGAAAUGGCGGAGAAGGCAGCGAAGUUGAUGCCUGGUGCGAAGACGCACUUUUUUGAGCAGGCCGGCCAUUUGAGUAUGGCAGCUGGGCAUAUUGAUGCCAUUGUGGCGGACCUUGUUGGGGGGUAG